AUGUCUGACACCUGGGUCGCCAGCCUCUUGCUGCUUAGCCUGCUGGCCAGCCUCCAACAGGCUGCAGCCACAUGUGGUCUCUUCUUCACCUGCCCUAAGGGAUUCAAAUGCUGUGGGAGCAGCUGUUGCCAAGAGUACCAGCUGGAGCAGUUCGAGUUCUUCUCCGGUCCCUUAAGGAUUUUUGUCAUCAUCUUCCUGAUCAUCAUACCCCUCUUGUGCAUCUGCGGCCUGGCUAAGCACUUGUAUCUCAACUGCAGAAAGUCAGAGCAGGAGGCCCCAACAGCCCCCCCGGAACAGCCCCCCAUUGCUCCUGUAGAGAGGGUCACAGCACCCAUUUUUGAGCCCCCACCCCCCUACAGUGAGAUAAUUCUGAAGCCUGUCCUGGGUCUGCCUCCCUUGGAGCCGCCCCCACCCUACAGCUUCAGGCCUGAGGAAUAUGCCGGGCUACCCAGAGGCAUCGACAACUCCACCUUCUGA